AUGGAUAAACUCACUACAAAGGUCGGGGCUGCCCUGUGUUCAAAUACAUAUUUCAGGAAAAGAUUGUAUGCAGUUGUUUGGACUGAUUCUCUAUUGCCCGAAGCGUUUGAGGCUGAAUGGGCAGCUAUUUUAAAUGAUUUCGGUUUAACCGACCAUGAAUGGCUGACGUAUAUAUACGGGCUACGUGAAUCAUGGAUUCCAGCUUACUAUCACGAAGAAGAAAUGUCUGGUCUUAUGCGGACAUCAUCUAGGUCCGAAAGCGAGAAUCACUUUUUUGGCAAGAUUAGCAAUCCAAAGUGCACGUUGGUUGAAUUUCUUAGCCACUUCGACACGGCUAUUGAAGCGCAAAGGCACGAGCAUCGAAAAAACGAUCAUGACACUCGAUACACCAACCCUGGAGAGUGGAGUGAUUUUGUUCUCGAGAAGCAAGCAGCUCAGAUAUAUACCAGAACUAUAUUUUUGGAUGUUCAACUCGAGAUUCAACAUGCUAUUCAUCGUUGUACUAGUGUCAGAUUAGAUCAUGUCGGUGAUUUCAUUAAGUUUUUUAUAAAGGAUCUCGAUCAGCCAUGUUCUUCCUUCUUCGAGGUUAUGAUACGCGAGGAGGAUGUUACUGUUAAGUGUAUCUGCAACAGGUUUGAGCAGUUUGGAUUGUUGUGCAGUCACAUUUUUUGCGUGUUACAGAUACUUGAUGUAAGGGAAUUUCCGAAACAAUAUAUAUUGAGGCGUUGGACGCGUGACGCUGUUCCAAAUAGUUCCCCCGGGUCCAUUCUUACGGAUGGUGGAGAUCUAGAUCGUAGUGAGGAGGUUAACCGUUGUGUUCGUGAGAUUAGUCACGCAACUGAGUAUGUUGUGAAUAAGUUGAUUUCAAAAUUUGAUAAGUUGUCUGAUUUUCGUGAUCAUAUCAAGCAGUUUAUGUCAGUCGCUGAUGAAGCUCAAAUAAAUGCACCUCCCAAGACACGACAUAAUCGAUUUGCUGAACUGCUAGGAGUUGCUCUAGAGAGCACGGCCACUAUCCGUGUUCCCGUUGGUACCAGGUUCAAGGGUUGUGGUUCUCAUAAACGCCUUAAAUCUCAAAAGGAGCGAGCCAUAAGUCAGUCUGGAAGUAAACGUCGUCAAUGUUCAUUAUGUAAAAAAUACGAUCAUAACAGAGUAACGUGUUGGAAAUACACCUUGGCUGUGCCUGAGGCAGGUGCUUCGCGGAAUGCUGAAGGUAAUGAAGAUACAAUUCGCGAAGGAGAUGCUGCUAUAGUUGUUGAAGGUGAUGGUCCUGGAUCGAACGAUGCUGAUGAUGUGUUUUACACAUCUGGAAACGAUGCAGAUAUGGAUGAUGAGGACAUGGCAGAGUAG